AUGCCCGGAUUAAGACAGCCUCAUCUUCAAGAGCAUAGCUCACCUGUCUAUAAAAAACAACGUUUAUCUGCCAAAGAAUCCUCCAUUUUUCCGUACCCCGCCAUACCAGCCGAGUGCAUUGAUCAUCAUGAAGAUCUUUUGCCGGAUUCAAUCGAACAAUUUCGGCACAUGAUUGAGAUACCAAAAACAAACUCAUCUGAGUGGGGCGAUGAGAAAGCCGCAGCCGCGCGUGCCCUUCUUGAACCGAACGUGACCGAUGCGAAUCGGCAGUUAAUUCGAACCUACCACCCUUCUCUAAGCUGCCUCCAACCUGUCUGGAUGGUACUUGAGUGGGAUAAUAAGUGGAUGUGGGCCAUAGCGCCACAUUCUGCUCCCAAAAAAACCACAGGUACUCACGCAGGGGGCUUGGAAAUUCAUGUUCAACCAUCGGGAUACAUAGAGCGGACAACUGUCAUAUGGCCCAAACUCCAGAAUGACCCUCUCAGUGUUAUCCUCAACCCCCGAAAAUUCCUUUCUCCAAAUGAUCUAAACCUGUUACGGGAGAUGUUUCCGUGUGCGCUCGGCGUCAGGGUGUUCAUAAGUGGGUUCAUUGUGAUUCUCUUCAAGAACCGCUCAGACAUCGAAUAUUCCUGGCUCCACGAUGGAUUUGCAGACAGUUUUGGUUGCUUACGCCUACAGUACGAUAUCCUGCAGGAUGAACCGACUCUGAACGUGAUUCCCCGCGGUGCGGCAAUUACCACCAGGCCCAACUCUGUCGAUGGAUACGCCGCGUUAGGUCUGAAGCUUCGUUUCCCUAGCGGGGAAGAGGCGAUUACGGUACCCACGCACGCAUUCGUCACUCUCCGAACGAUGCUUCCAACGCCUCUGCUUCGUAUGAAUGAUUGGUAUCAGAAGAUCAAGAAGAAAAUGGCUCGAUAUCUCCCUAUCAGAAGGAACUCAUUUGUGCCAGCUGUCGGGACGGCUCGGCACCAAACAGCAGGUAAUUCCCUUAUAGGGAAAACCGUUCUCCUUGUCGGAGAAUCGCAAGAGGUCGGUACAAUCUCAUUCACGUACGACCAAGCCAGUCGCAGGCCUCUUCGAUUCCCAAUAGGCUUUACCCACGAUCUAUCAUUGAUCACCAACGACCGAGGGCUUCCGCGAAUGGUAACACCUGACCACACACCACAGGUAUCCGGUUGGGGUUCAUAUCAGGAUGUGUCAGAUGGCAAUCCCGUCUUUGUGACGAGUUUCAAUGUUUCAACCGGGAACCAAAUCCGCAGGAUAGGCACGAGAGUAUCAACACGUGCUCAACAAGCUAUUGUCGAGGGCUCGCAGUAUCUUUGGGAUAAAGAACUGCUAUCCCAAAGUGUCUCUAUCCUAUGGAGGACACAGUAUGAUCAAGACUCGCUACAAGGCCUCUCCGGUACAACCUUAUGCCUCGGUUUGCUUUCAGAUAAGACAUGUCUUGCAGUCUGUUUCCAGAACUUUGAGACGCCAUUAUGCUCCUCAGCUGUCCUCAACGAAGAUCAUCGCGGUCCGUCAAACACGGAAGUUACAGGAUUUCGUCUUAAAGACGACCGUCACUCUCCUCUAACUAGCCGCUAG